AUGGAAGAACUCGGGCAGAGACUCGAUGGAGUGGGUCUGAGUACACAGCACUGGCUGCCCAAACUACGAGACAAAUUGGGGAUUACCUCUGCACAGGCUUUGAAACACCUAAGCUAUGAAGACUAUUUAAAGCUGGAGUGCGAAGUAGAGCACCCAUGGGAAAAGCAGGCUCUCCGAACCCUACUUAACAUAGCAGAGAGCAAGACAACAAUGAAGCAGCUGCAGGAGCAGCGCUUGGAGAUGCUAAAGAAGAGGCAGGAGCAGGCUAAAUUAGCACUUGAGGGAUUAAAAGAAAUGCAGGAGAAAGGCAGAAGCCGCCAUGAGGAAGCUGUAAGAAAGAAAGAGGAGGAGCUGCGAGGAGCUAUGGACAUCGCCCCAGAGUAUUGGGCACCACACGAGAAGCCUUUGAAGGAAGUGAUAGAGAAUGUGCACAAACAAUUAGACCUCCUGGAGGAGUCGGUGUCCCAGAGUGAGAAUCUCCCUGACAAGGAAGUUUUGAGAUGGGCGUCGGGAGGGCUGGCCCUGCAGGGCAUUUAUAAAACCAAGAAGCUUGCAGAGAUGGUGGAGAAGCGAGAGCAGCUCAUAGACAUCCCAGAAGGGUUCGAGCUCUUUGGUCCAGAGCAAGGGCCGUUGUUUGAGAAGAAGGAGUUUUCAUCGGCCGAAGCAGAAUCCACAUUCACCAGGACCAUGGAGAAGCUGGGCUUCAGCAUUAGUGUCGCAGCCAAAGGCGGGUUUUGGGGGUUUAGUGCUGAAACCAGCACAGAUCACAGCAGCUCUUCAGAAUCUGAAGAAACCCACAAAUCCCGCUCUGAGCACACUUACAUUUGCACCACCCAGUACAGCUACAUCCCACUGGCCUCAUGCUACUUCCCCAAGGAUCAGCUUUGACUUUCCAGUGCAGCGCUGCAAGAGUUAAAAGAGAUCGAGCAGCUUUUGAGUCACACCCCAGAGCCGGACAAGCUCAACUUGCUGAAGAGCAGGGGCGGGAGUUUCUUCAAGAGAUUCGGGUCUCAUGUAAACCAGGGCCCCCUUCACUUGGGUGGGAUAUUCUGGUGGAAAGCGUCUUCUGAGGGAUUCUGGGCAGAGCAACUGGACGAGGUGAAGAAACGAACAUCUGAUGCACUCAGCUCCUAUGUUGGGGGCAGCUAUAGUGGCUUUGGUUUGAGCAUUUCAGCUGGUGUUACUGUGUCAAAAUCAGGUUCUGAAGCCUCAUUUCAGGGCACAGAUCGAAAACGCAUGCACACAGAGAUUCAGCUGUUUGUGACCAAGACAGGCGGCCCACCAGAGACACAUUCUCUCACCCAAUGGCAAUCUGGGCUCGUGACCAGUAACAAAACCUGGAGUGUCAUUGACCGAGGCUUUCAGCUAAUUCCUGUGUGGGAGAUCAUCCUGUCCAAUCACAGACAAGAUUUUAGAGAUGUUCAUCAAAUCAGCAGCAGUCUCAGAAAUGCCUACGAAGUCCUAACUAACCAAAGUGUCGGUACAUUGUUUGGAGAGGGAUUAGCCAGUGCAGUGGAUGAGGCCAGAUUGUUCUUAGAGGAAAUGAAGUCCUGGGAUGCCACUACAGAUGAAAAACUGCUGGUGAAAUUGAUCAAUUUCAAACAAAAGCUGACUGAAAAAACAAAGAACUACAGUGUAUGGAUUAACAUUUGCCUGUCAGAUAAAGGGCUUCAAGAUUUCCUGGAAAAUACAGUUUCACUGUGCAAAGAUUUGCCGGCACAAAAUACUGUAUACAUCAAAUCUCUGCUGCGCUGCCUUCUGUACCCUCAUGUCUAUUCAGUUAAGAAUUUCCCCAAAUCUUCCUCCAUUAUGCAGUGGAUCUUUCGUGAAGAAAAAAAGCAGCAAAAAAAUAUGUCUGUCUCUGAAUUUGCUGAUUUUAUUCAAGUCCUACAGGAAAUGAAGGAUUACAUACAGGAAGUUACUUAUGACCCUAUGUCCUCUGCAGCAACAGUGCAAGAAGCAAAGGUAAAGGCCACCUUAAAUGUGAGCUUAGCUUUGUCUUCCUUUCUGCAGGCUCUACGGGAGAGAGAGCAGACAGAUAUCGAACUGUUAUUGCUCUCAAUUGCAGCCAGCGCAGGAUACCGGGUGGAAAGUCACACUUUUCAGUAUCUCCUCGGGUGCCCAGAAAUUAACUUCAUAUUGCAGGAAAUGCAAACAGCACAGGAGGAAUAUUUGACUCUUAGGGAUCAGGAUGUUUCCAGAGCUCAGGCUUUCCUGCUGUUGACGGGUCUGACAGUAACAUAUGAACAUAAAGACGUGUCUCCAGAGGAAAAGAACAGACGUUUAGUUUUUAUGAAACAUCAAAUGGGAAACUUAUUGUCCACUGAAAUGUCAAAAGUCCUUAAAAAGCACAGUGCAUGCAGUGAUUGGGACAUACUGGAAACAGACCUGAAGUGCCUCAAAAAUGGGGACUUAGAAGCCACAAAGGAUGAGUUGAAGAACCAGGGUAUAAUAAAAGAAUUAGAAGGCAUCUGCCAAGGAACAAAACCUUCAAAUCAACCAAAAUCAAAACCUGAAGUGAAAUCCAGCAAUGUUACAAUGUAUGAAGCUAUUGAAAACCAAGAGUUUCUCAAUUUACUGAAGAGACUUGGACUUGAAAGUUGCUAUCCAAGGAAAAUGGGGACAGCAGACUUCCAUGUCAUUUACAAGACCUCUUUACAUGACAGCCAGCCCAGCACUGAACGUGAGCUGCCAUUUUACUUUUUGCAAAAGCUGUUGAUGGUGGACUAUCGGGUAAGAUACCUGGUUUGCAAAGAUGACAUAAAAGCUAAACAAGCUAUAACAAAUACACUGACCACGCUAGAAAAUGAGAAUGGAUCCUCAGAUACAUUUGAUGACUUUUUUAAUGAUCUCAGUCACGGAACCAAUGAAUCUGUUACAGAUCAGGCACACAUACACCCAAUGGACAUCCAGAUGGCAAUUUUUCAUUGUGCAGAUGAUUUCAUGAGACAGUAUCUUUCAACAAAGCUCGCUUUCUGCCAGUUUGCGCUCCCACUUCUGGUGCCAAAUCCUUGUACUUCACAAAUAGAAUUCCCUCUUUGGUCCCUUAGCCAAGUGACAAAGAGUUGGAAAGGUGCUGAAAAAUCAGGAGUGGAGACUAAAAUUAAAAGUUAUAAAAACAAAUUGAUUUAUCAGGCAGCUACAACCAUUGUGUCCUUCAUACGGAUUGGUCAUUCUUCUUCUUCGAAGUCUCAGAUCUUGAAUGCUCUGCUGAGUAAGCACAAACAUGACAUCUUUUUCCACCGUCAUUGUAAAGGCAGCAGCAAAGAUGGUCUCCUGAUGAAAGGGGUUGUGGAAAUCUUCUGGUACUGUCCAGGUGGGAGAGAUGAUGACAGAUUUGACAACUGCGUCGCAUUCACUAAUCUGCAUGGAGAUGCAAGGCAGCAUGAACAACAGGUCAAAUUUUUACAGGAAAUUUCUUCUGUUAAUGUGGUUCUCAUAUCAGAUGUUGAUCAAAAUGAUAAGAGAGGUAUGAAAAUUAUACAUGAUCUCUGGAAAUCUCAAAAACCUUUGAUCUGUCUUUUUGCUGAAAAAGAGCACAUUGUUGCAGGCAAAUCCAGCCAGAACAUAAAAAUAGCCAUCAAAAACAGAAAUGAAGCAGAACUAAUAGAUGAACUGAUGACAACAAUCAGGGAUUUACUAGCAGGUUCAAACAUAACUUGCAGUCUUGAGAACAGUGCAAAUAUUGCUCGCCAGCAAGGUUUCGUCAUUGAUGAAGAUGAAGAAGAGUGCACCAAAGCCAAGACAAUGGCACAGGCUCUGAUGACGCUCUUGAACGAGAAUAAUUUAUAUGAGAUAAAGUCAAAACUAUUGCCUCUGCAAGGAGAAUUGUGGCACAAGUGGUGUCAAAAGGACAAGGAACUUACCCGCUUGCAGGAUAAAAGAAACAGAAGCAUUGAGCAGCACCGGAGCCAAGUUGAGUCCGAAAAGCAUGCAAUACGAAGGAUUCAGUUAAAAAGAGCAUUCCCUCUCAAUGAUCUAAUGAGGUCAGUGCUUGAAUUUCUCCAGUCACAUCCAGAAGCCACCAAAAAAUACUUCCUGCAGUGGAUGAAAGUAUUUAUGGAUGACUUGUCCUCUGAUUGUCUUGCAGAACUUCACCAAAAAUACCACAGAUUGUGGUCUCAAAUGCUGGAAAUAAAGAAAAAAGGAGAAAAUAACGACUUGAAAAAAGCUUUGCUAAAUAAUUUAGAAACACUCUCAAAUACGAUCAAUGAUUCUACAAUUGGCCUGGAACACAUUUUGAGAGAAGUAGCUCAGAUUUAUGAGGCUCUGGAUUCAAUGAAACAACAGAAUGAAUGUUUUCUUGCACUACCUCAAAUUGCAGCUGACCUGAUGGUUUCAGGUUAUCCCAUUGAGCUGAUGGACGGUGAUGCUUCAUACGUUCCAUUAAAAUGGAUCGGAGCAGUUUUGGACAAAUUAAUUGAGAAGUUAGGAGACCAAAAAGUGUUUGUUCUUUCAGUGCUUGGCAUUCAGAGCACUGGGAAGUCAACACUGCUAAAUGCCAUGUUUGGUCUGCAGUUUGGUGUCAGUGCAGGGAGAUGCACCAGGGGAGCGUUCAUGCAACUGAUUGAGGUGGAGGAAAACCUCAAACAGGAUUUGAACUUUAGUUAUAUACUAGUUGUUGAUACGGAAGGGCUCCGGGCUAUGGAGAUGGCUAAUAAACUGUCACUUAAUCAUGAUAAUGAGCUAGCCACCUUUGUCAUUGGUAUUGGUAAUAUGACUGUGAUCAAUAUUUUUGGUGAAAACCCUUCAGAAAUGCAAGAUGUCCUGCAGAUCGCUGUCCAGGCAUUUCUGAGAAUGAAGCAGGUAAACCUCUCCCCAAGUUGUUUGUUUGUGCACCAGAAUGUUGGAGAAAUAACGGCAAAAGAACAGAAUAUGGAAGGACAAAGACGCCUCCAGGAAAAACUAGAUGAAAUGACUGUUACGGCAGCCCAGCAAGAGUUCUGUGAUGUAACCUGCUUUAGUGAUGUUAUCCGAUUUGAUGUGAACACCCACACUCAUUACUUUGCUCACCUCUGGGAAGGGAACCCACCAAUGGCACCUCCGAACCCCAGCUACAGCCAAAAUGUGCAGGAACUAAAGAGCAAGAUUCUCUUGGCUGCCAAAAAAGAAUCUCAGGGCAGGGUUUUAAGGCUGUCAGGUUUAAAAGCCCGCAUUAGUGAUUUGUGGAAUGCUUUGUUAAAUGAAAAUUUUAUUUUCAGCUUCAAGAAUACGCUGGAGAUUGCAACGUACAAGAAGCUAGAAAUAAUGUUUAGCCAAUGGACCUGGCAGUUGAGAAGUGACAUACUAGAUUUGCAAAUGAAACUGACCAAUCGAAUUAGGAAUGGAGAAGUGCACUCGGUCACCAAAGGAAACCUUGAAGAGCAAAUUAAAGGAAAUUAUGAUUUCAUAAUGAAGGGCCUAGAAAAGUAUUUCAGUGAAGACAAAGACUCUGAAAUGUUGAUUAAGUGGAAAGGAAGUUUUGAAUUGAAACUGAGAGAUCUGAAAGAGUCACUCAUUGUUGAAACUAAGAGGAAGUCUGAAGAACUUAUUGAACUAAAAAAGAACCAAAGCAAACUGGAUGAAAAGAAGUCAGAAUAUGAAAAUGAGCUUCUGAAAAGAAGCAAAGAGUUGGCUCUGUCUUUAAAAGGCCAGGAACUAGGUGAAACAGAACUGAGAGCGAACUUUAACUCGCUAUGGAGUGAGUGGGUGACUGAAGUGUCUUCAAAUGCUCCACAGCCUGAAGAGUGCGAUAUUAAUGUUGAUGUAGAAAAUAUCCUUCUAGAGCAUUUUAAACAGCCUAAUUUAGUAGGAAAAAUUAAGAAUUUCUCAAUAAAGAGUACAUUUUCUGUUGAUUUUUCUAAACAUAUCAGCAUGAAGAAAAAACUGUACUUUUUCAACCACAAUUUAGAUGAAUGCGACAAGAGCAACAUUCGGCAAGUUACUGAUGGCAUCAUUCAGGUUGUCAAAGCAAACAUUGAUAAGAAAGAGCAGCAGAAAAUGGAUUACAAUCGAAGUUACAUUCAUGAAAUAUUGCGGGAAAUAAGGAGAGGUACAAAAUCAUCUGCAUCCAAUGACUCAAAAUACACAUUUAAUAAUGAGUACAAUAUAGAUCUAUCCCUCUAUCUGUGUAAAAUGGCAGCAGAAAGGUUUGAAGACAUGCACACAGCAUUUAAAAAAGCAAAUGAUCCAACUGUCUACCUGGAGAGUAAAAGAGAAGAUUUCUUCAAGUGUUUUCAGAUUUCCUGCCAAGGAGCAACCUCCAUUGCAACAUUUGCUGAUUUCUUAUGCACCAAGCUUUCUGCAGCUCUCCGCCAGGCAGUCUAUGACAAGACUGCCAUUGAUGUAGCCAGAGAGAUGCGUUCUAACCAUCCUGCCCUCAAUGCCAGUAGAUCCAAACUAGAAAUCUAUAUUCUGAAAUCCCUGGCGGAAGAGGAAAACUUUGAGAAAUACAGGCAGUACAUUCAUUUCCCAAAGGACUUUUUAGAGAACUUUAUCAAGAAGUGUGUCGAUGAUUAUUGUUUAGACAAGAAAGAUCCAAAACUGAAGAAUUUCUUAGAUAUUUCCCUUGAUUCUUUCCAAGUUCUUGUUCACUCAGCUAUUCGUGACUCAACUAAAGUUGUCAAAGAUAGAAGUGGCAAUGUAUCCUUAUGGUUGGAUGAAUUUUGCAGAAGACUGGGAGAUGUCUUAGACCUUCCCAGAAGUGAUCUGAAAAUCAUUGAACAUCAGGAGACCACAGAUGUCAAAUUUCUUAAGGAAGCAAUGAGUAAAGCAUUGGAUCCUGUGCUAGAAAAUCUGAAAAAAGACUUUGCUGUCAUUGGUAUGGAGCCAUUUCAAAGAAAACCACACAAAAUAUUAGCUGAACAGCUCUCUGGAUGCUGGGAGCAGUGUCCCUUUUGCAAAGCUAUUUGCACAAAUACCAUAUUUGACCAUGAUGGAGAUCACAGUCUUUCUUUCCAUCGUCCUCAAGCUACGACUGGCAUCCACUGGAAUAAUACAAAUCAUCUAGUUACUGACAUUUGUUCCAGUCUUGUAGCAAGUAAUUGCUCAUUAGUGUUGAGUGGAGGCCAUAAAAUUCCAUACAAGAAUUAUCGGGAUGCAGGACCUCGUUAUUCCAAGUGGAGCAUCACACCUGACACCUCUGUGCAGCCUUACUGGAAAUGGUUUGUGUGUCAUUUCAGGGCAGAGCUAGAGAGUCAGCACCAUGGGAAAUUUGAAGGCAGAGGGGAGAUCCCUUCUCAGUGGAAACAAAUUACAAAAAAGGAUGUCCUCUCUGAGCUGGAAAAGUUGUUCUAAGCUAGU